GUUGAGCCGUGGUGGUGCGGCGGACGCGCUCGUGCUCGGGAACUAUCGGAUUAAACUUGAAUCGAGUGGAAUUACACAAAGGAGCGAGGCGGAGGAGGCGGCCGGGGCACCCGGAGACCCUGAAACUCGCCCGAGCCCCCGCCGCAGCCCGCCCGGCCAACUCCGCGCCCCGUGGAUCCUGCCCCCCGGCCGCGGCCGCCCAGCCAACUCCGGAGCCCGCUCUGCGUUUUGUUUUCCGCCGGCUUCGAGACAGCGGAGGAGCCCGAGCGACCGAGCGAGCGGCCGAGCGAGCGAGCCAGCCGGACCGACAUCCACACUUUGCCUGACACUGCAGGAUCCAAGAGAAUUAAGGAAAUAUGGAAUGACAUGAAGAAGAUUAGUGAAGGAUUAUAGGCUUUGAGGACACACACCUCAGUGAAGUGAAGCACAGACACGCUCCCCAAGCUGUGGUUUGGAAGAGCCGCGCACUGGAAGAUGGCAGAUCCAGGAAUGAUGAGUCUUUUUGGUGAGGAUGGGAAUAUCUUCAGCGAAGGCCUCGAGGGCCUUGGAGAAUGUGGAUACCCUGAAAACCCAGUGAAUCCCAUGGGUCAGCAGAUGCCGAUAGACCAAGGCUUCGCCUCGUUACAGCCCUCCCUCCAUCAUCCUUCCCCGAAUCAGAAUCAAACCAAGUUGACCCAUUUCGAUCACUAUAAUCAGUAUGAACAGAAGAUGCACCUGAUGGAUCAGCCUAACAGAAUGAUGGGCAAUGCCCCUGGGAAUGGACUGGCAUCUCCACACUCGCAGUAUCACACCCCCCCUGUCCCCCAGGUGCCCCACGGGGGCAGUGGGGGUGGCCAGAUGGGGGUCUACCCCGGCAUGCAGAAUGAAAGGCACGGCCAGUCUUUUGUGGACAGUGGCUCCAUGUGGGGGCCCCGGGCUGUUCAGGUCCCGGACCAGAUCCGAGCUCCCUACCAGCAGCAGCAGCCCCAGCCCCAGCCGCCCCAGCCAGCUCCAUCGGGGCCGCCGGCGCAGGGCCACCCGCAGCACAUGCAGCAGAUGGGCAGCUAUAUGGCACGCGGGGACUUCUCCAUGCAGCAGCACGGCCAGCCGCAGCAGAGGAUGAGCCAGUUUUCCCAAGGUCAAGAGGGCCUCAAUCAGGGCAAUCCUUUCAUUGCCACCUCAGGACCUGGCCACUUGUCCCACGUGCCCCCACAGAGUCCCAGCAUGGCCCCCUCCUUGCGUCACUCGGUGCAACAGUUCCAUCACCACCCCCCUACUGCUCUCCACGGAGAAUCUGUGGCCCACAGCCCCCGGUUCUCCCCGAAUCCUCCUCAACAAGGGGCUGUUAGGCCACAAACCCUUACCUUUAGCUCUCGGAGCCAGACAGUCCCCUCUCCUACUAUAAACAACUCAGGGCAGUAUUCUCGAUAUCCUUACAGUAACCUAAAUCAGGGAUUAGUUAACAAUACAGGGAUGAAUCAAAAUUUAGGCCUUACAAAUAAUACCCCAAUGAAUCAGUCCGUACCAAGAUACCCCAACGCUGUAGGAUUCCCAUCAAGCAGUAGCCAAGGACUAAUGCACCAGCAGCCCAUCCACCCCAGCGGCUCACUUAACCAAAUGAACACACAAACUAUGCACCCUUCACAGCCUCAGGGAACUUACGCCUCUCCACCUCCCAUGUCACCCAUGAAAGCAAUGAGUAAUCCAGCGGGCACACCUCCUCCACAAGGCAGACCCGGAAGCGCUGGGAUGCCAAUGGAUGUUGGCAGUUAUCCAAGCAUGCCCCACCCUCAGCCACCUCACCAGCCCCCCGGUGCCAUGGGAAUUGGACAGAGGAAUAUGGGCCCCAGAAACAUGCAGCAGUCUCGUCCAUUUAUGGGCAUGUCCUCAGCACCAAGGGAGUUGACGGGACACAUGAGACCAAAUGGGUGUCCUGGUGUUGGCCUUGCAGAUCCCCAAGCCAUCCAGGAACGGCUGAUGCCUGGCCAGCAACACCCUGGCCAGCAGCCAUCUUUUCAGCAGUUGCCAACCUGUCCUCCACUGCAGACCCACCCGGGCUUGCACCACCAGUCUUCUCCUCCACACCCGCAUCACCAGCCGUGGGCACAGCUCCACCCAUCACCCCAGAACACCCCGCAGAAAGUGCCUGUGCAUCAGCAUUCUCCAUCGGAGCCCUUUCUAGAGAAACCAGUGCCGGAUAUGACUCAGGUUAGUGGACCGAAUGCUCAGCUAGUGAAGAGCGAUGAUUACCUGCCAUCGGUAGAACAGCAGCCACAGCAAAAGAAGAAGAAAAAGAAAAACAACCACAUUGUUCCAGAGGAUCCCAGUAAAAGUUUUGGUAAAGAUGACUUCCCUGGUGGGGUUGAUAACCAGGAACUAAAUAGGAACUCAUUGGAUGGGUCUCAAGAAGAAAAAAAGAAAAAGAAAAGGCCGAAGGCAAAAAAAGAUCCGAAGGAACCGAAAGAACCUAAGGAGAAAAAAGAGCCCAAGGAACCCAAGACCCCCAAAACCCCUAAGAUUCCCAAAGAGCCAAAGGAAAAGAAAGCAAAAACUGCCACGCCAAAACCCAAAUCCAGCAAAAAGUCAAGUAAUAAGAAACCUGAUUCAGACGCAAGUGCUUUGAAGAAAAAGGUCAACAAGGGGAAAACAGAAGGUUCUGAAAAUUCAGACUUGGACAAAACACCCCCACCAUCUCCUACUCCUGAAGAAGAUGAAGACCCAGGUGUUCAGAAGCGACGGUCCAGCAGGCAGGUGAAGAGGAAGCGGUACACCGAGGACUUGGAGUUCAAGAUUUCUGAUGAGGAGGCAGAUGAUGCAGACGCUGCUGGCAGAGACUCGCCCUCUAAUACCUCACAGUCUGAGCAGCAGGAAUCUGUUGAUGCAGAAGGCCCAGUGGUAGAAAAGAUCAUGAGCAGUCGGUCAGUGAAAAAGCAGAAGGAAUCUGGAGAGGAGGUAGAAGUUGAGGAAUUUUAUGUGAAAUACAAAAACUUCUCUUACCUUCAUUGUCAAUGGGCAUCUGUAGAAGAUCUGGAAAAAGAUAAGAGAAUUCAGCAAAAGAUUAAACGAUUUAAGUCAAAACAGGGCCAAAACAAGUUCCUUUCAGAGAUUGAAGAUGAGCUUUUUAAUCCAGAUUAUGUGGAGAUUGACCGGAUAAUGGACUUUGCACGUAGCACAGAUGACCGGGGAGAGCCUGUGACUCACUAUCUGGUGAAGUGGUGCUCACUUCCUUAUGAAGACAGCACAUGGGAGCUGAGUCAGGACAUAGAUCAAGCAAAAAUCGAAGAGUUUGAGAAACUCAGGUCCAGGGAACCAGAAACAGAGCGUGUGGAGCGACCUCCUGCUGAUGAUUGGAAGAAAUCGGAGAGUUCCAGGGAGUAUAAAAACAAUAACAAACUCAGGGAAUACCAGUUGGAGGGAGUAAACUGGCUACUUUUCAAUUGGUACAACAUGCGAAACUGCAUUUUAGCAGAUGAAAUGGGUUUGGGAAAAACUAUCCAGUCCAUUACAUUUCUCUAUGAGAUAUAUUUGAAAGGAAUCCAUGGCCCUUUUUUAGUGAUUGCCCCAUUGUCCACAAUCCCCAACUGGGAAAGGGAAUUCCGCACCUGGACAGAGUUGAAUGUCGUUGUGUAUCAUGGGAGUCAAGCUAGUCGUCGGACCAUUCAGUUGUAUGAAAUGUACUUCAAAGAUCCCCAGGGUCGAGUGAUAAAGGGGUCCUAUAAGUUUCAUGCCAUCAUCACAACAUUUGAGAUGAUUUUGACUGAUUGUCCCGAGCUGCGGAGUAUUCCCUGGCGCUGUGUGGUUAUUGAUGAAGCCCACAGACUGAAGAAUAGAAACUGCAAGCUGCUGGAAGGCCUCAAGAUGAUGGACUUGGAACACAAGGUGUUGCUGACGGGAACCCCGCUGCAGAACACUGUGGAGGAGCUCUUUAGCUUGCUUCAUUUCUUGGAACCAAGUCGCUUCCCUUCAGAAACCACGUUUAUGCAAGAAUUUGGUGAUCUAAAAACAGAAGAGCAGGUGCAAAAACUUCAGGCUAUUCUAAAGCCAAUGAUGUUGAGACGUCUCAAAGAGGAUGUAGAAAAGAAUUUGGCCCCCAAAGAAGAAACUAUUAUUGAAGUUGAACUAACAAACAUUCAGAAGAAAUAUUACAGAGCCAUCCUUGAGAAGAAUUUUACAUUUCUUUCCAAAGGUGGUGGACAAGCUAACGUACCUAACCUUUUAAACACUAUGAUGGAACUACGAAAAUGCUGCAAUCAUCCAUACCUAAUCAAUGGUGCUGAAGAGAAAAUUUUGGAAGAGUUUAAAGAAGCACACAAUGCAGAGUCUCCAGAUUUUCAGCUCCAGGCAAUGAUCCAGGCUGCUGGCAAGCUAGUGCUGAUUGACAAGCUGUUGCCAAAACUGAAGGCUGGUGGCCACAGGGUGCUUAUCUUUUCCCAGAUGGUGCGCUGCUUGGACAUUCUGGAAGACUACCUCAUUCAGAGACGGUACCCAUAUGAAAGGAUUGAUGGCCGCGUGCGAGGCAACCUCCGCCAGGCCGCUAUCGACCGAUUCUCCAAACCUGAUUCCGAUAGGUUUGUCUUCCUCCUGUGUACAAGGGCAGGAGGUUUAGGCAUUAACCUCACUGCUGCUGAUACCUGCAUCAUCUUUGAUUCAGACUGGAACCCCCAAAAUGACCUCCAGGCUCAGGCAAGGUGUCAUAGGAUAGGACAAAGUAAAUCUGUGAAGAUCUACAGGCUGAUCACAAGAAAUUCCUAUGAAAGGGAAAUGUUUGACAAGGCUAGUUUGAAGCUCGGUCUGGAUAAAGCUGUGCUACAAUCUAUGAGUGGGCGAGAAAAUGCUACCAAUGGGGUACAACAACUUUCCAAGAAAGAAAUUGAGGAUCUUCUACGAAAAGGGGCUUAUGGUGCCCUCAUGGAUGAGGAGGAUGAAGGGUCUAAGUUCUGCGAAGAAGAUAUCGACCAGAUCCUCCUCCGGAGGACCCACACUAUUACCAUUGAGUCGGAAGGAAAGGGAUCCACAUUCGCAAAGGCCAGUUUUGUUGCAUCUGGAAAUAGGACAGAUAUUUCUUUGGAUGAUCCAAAUUUCUGGCAAAAGUGGGCAAAGAAGGCUGAAUUGGACAUUGAUGCCUUAAAUGGGAGGAACAAUCUGGUUAUUGACACUCCACGAGUGAGAAAGCAGACCAGGCUAUACAGUGCGGUGAAAGAGGAUGAGCUGAUGGAGUUUUCAGACUUGGAAAGCGAUUCCGAGGAAAAGCCCUGCGUCAAGCCGAGGCGUCCCCAGGAUAAGUCCCAGGGCUAUGCCCGGAGCGAGUGUUUCCGGGUCGAGAAGAACCUGCUGGUCUAUGGCUGGGGUCGGUGGACAGACAUCCUGUCUCACGGACGCUACAAACGUCAGCUCACCGAGCAAGAUGUAGAGACCAUCUGCAGAACCAUUCUGGUGUACUGUCUCAACCAUUACAAAGGGGAUGAGAACAUCAAGAGCUUCAUCUGGGAUCUGAUCACACCCACGGCUGAUGGCCAAACUCGAGCCUUGGUCAACCAUUCUGGUCUGUCAGCCCCUGUGCCCAGGGGAAGGAAGGGGAAGAAGGUAAAAGCCCAGAGCGCACAGCCAGUGGUGCAGGAUGCUGACUGGCUGGCCAGCUGCAACCCCGACGCCCUGUUCCAAGAGGACAGCUACAAAAAGCAUCUGAAGCACCACUGCAACAAGGUCCUGCUGCGUGUCCGCAUGCUGUACUACCUAAGACAAGAAGUGAUAGGAGACCAAGCAGAUAAGAUCCUAGAGGGUGCUGACUCAAGUGAAGCAGAUGUUUGGAUCCCUGAACCUUUCCAUGCUGAAGUUCCUGCAGAUUGGUGGGAUAAGGAAGCAGAUAAAUCCCUCUUAAUUGGAGUGUUCAAACAUGGCUAUGAGAAGUACAACUCCAUGCGAGCUGACCCUGCGCUGUGCUUUCUGGAACGAGUCGGUAUGCCCGAUGCCAAGGCCAUAGCUGCCGAGCAAAGAGGAACAGACAUGCUAGCAGAUGGCGGCGAUGGUGGAGAAUUUGAUAGAGAAGAUGAAGACCCAGAAUAUAAACCAACCAGAACACCUUUCAAAGAUGAAAUAGAAGAAUUUGCAAAUUCUCCUCCCGAGGAUAAGGAAGAGCCCAUGGAAAUUCAUGGCCCAGGCAAGCACAGCGAGAGUAGUGCUGAGUUAGGCCAACUUUACUGGCCUUCCACUUCAACCCUGACCACGCGUCUGCGCCGCCUCAUUACUGCCUAUCAGCGCAGCUAUAAAAGGCAACAAAUGAGGCAAGAGGCCCUAAUGAAGACUGACCGGCGGAGACGGCGGCCUCGGGAGGAAGUGAGAGCGCUGGAGGCGGAAAGGGAAGCUAUUAUAUCUGAGAAGCGGCAAAAGUGGACGAGAAGAGAGGAGGCUGAUUUUUACCGAGUGGUAUCCACCUUUGGGGUGAUUUUUGACCCUGUGAAACAGCAGUUUGACUGGAACCAGUUCCGAGCCUUUGCCAGGCUUGACAAAAAGUCAGACGAGAGUUUGGAGAAGUACUUCAGCUGCUUCGUGGCCAUGUGCAGGCGCGUCUGCCGAAUGCCUGCCAAGCCCGACGACGAUCCACCCGACCUGGCCUCCCUGAUCGAGCCCAUCACCGAGGAACGGGCCUCUAGAACUCUGUAUCGCAUCGAGCUGCUGCGGAAGAUCCGCGAGCAGGUGCUGCAUCACCCGCAGCUCGGAGAGCGGCUGAAGCUCUGCCAGCCCAGCCUGGAUCUCCCGGAGUGGUGGGAGUGUGGGCGGCACGACCGGGACCUGCUGGUGGGCGCGGCGAAGCAUGGGGUCAGCCGGACAGACUACCACAUCCUCAACGACCCUGAGCUGUCCUUCUUGGAUGCGCAUAAGAACUUCGCUCAAAACCGAGGCGUGAGUAGCGUCUCCUUGAACCCGCUGGUCACGGGCUUUGGGCAGAUUCCUCCAGUCAUCUCCUCGGCUCACGGUCACGAAGAGAAGGUACCAGAACCAGGUGAAGGCAAGGCAGAGGAAUCUGAAAACUCAUUGGCCAAGGAGAGGUCCGAGGGGAGAGAGGAGGAAGAAGAAGCCGAUGGUGGGGACAAGGACAGCAAGCAGGAAUGUGAGGCUGAGGCCAGCUCUGUGAAGAGCGAGCUGAAAGGGGCAGAGGGCAGUGCAGAACCUGGCUCCAAGUCUGUCUCGGAGAAGGGCUCGGAAGAAGAUGACGAAGAGAAGCUGGAGGAUGAUGAUAAGUCAGAGGAGUCAUCCCAGCCUGAAGCAGGAGCUGUCACUAGAGGAAAGAAUUUUGAUGAAGAGAGUAAUGCUUCUAUGAGCACUGCUAGGGAUGAAACAAGAGACGGAUUCUACAUGGAGGACGGAGACACCUCUGUAGCACAUCUCCUUCAUGAAAGGACAUUUGCCUUCUCAUUUUGGCCUAAGGAUAGAGUAAUGAUAAACCGAUUAGACAACAUCUGUGAAGCGGUGCUGAAAGGCAAAUGGCCAGUAAAUAGGCGCCAGAUGUUUGAUUUCCAGGGCCUCCUCCCUGGCCACACUCCCACCUCGGUGGACAGUCCUCUGCAGAGGAGGAGCUUUGCCGAGCUCUCUGUGGUUGGCCAGGCCAGCAUUAGUGGGGGUGAGGACAUUACGACUUCUCCUCAGCUGUCAAAGGAAGAUGCCCUCAACCUCUCCAUCCCUCGCCAGCGGCGGCGCAGGAGGAGGAAAAUUGAAAUCGAGGCCGAAAGAGCUGCCAAGAGGCGAAAUCUCAUGGAGAUGGUUGCCCAGCUGCGAGAGUCUCAGGUGGUCUCCGAGAAUGGACAAGAAAAAGUUGUGGAUUUAUCCAAGGCCUCGCGAGAGGCGACAAGUUCUACCUCAAAUUUUUCAUCUCUUACUUCAAAGUUUCUCAUGCCUAAUGUCUCGACACCGGUGUCAGAUGCCUUUAAGACUCAGAUGGAGCUGCUCCAAGCAGGUCUGGCCCGCACGCCCACGAGGCAUCUGCUCAACGGCUCCCUGGUGGACGGAGAGCCGCCCGUGAAGAGGCGGCGGGGCAGGAGGAAAAACGUGGAGGGCCUCGAUCUGCUGUUCAUGAGCCACAAACGGACAUCGUUGAGUGCAGAGGACGCUGAGGUGACCAAAGCAUUUGAAGAAGAAAUAGAAACCCCGCCAAUAAGAAGCAUUCCUUCUCCUGGACAGCUGGACCCGGACACCCGCAUCCCUGUUGUGAAUCUGGAGGAUGGAACGAGGCUGGUGGGGGAAGAUGCGCCUAAACACAAGGACUUGGUUGAAUGGCUGAAGCUGCAUCCAACUUACACUGUUGAUAUGCCAGGUUAUGUACCAAAGAAUGCAGAUGUGCUGUUUUCCUCCUUUCAGAAGCCGAAACAGAAACGACAUAGAUGUCGAAAUCCUAAUAAACUGGAUAUAAACACUUUGACAGGAGAAGAGCGAGUGCCCGUUGUUAAUAAACGAAAUGGGAAGAAGAUGGGCGGAGCUAUGGCACCUCCUAUGAAGGAUCUCCCCAGGUGGCUGGAAGAAAACCCCGAGUUUGCAGUGGCCCCAGACUGGACUGAGAUAGUCAAACAGUCUGGUUUCGUCCCCGAGUCCAUGUUCGACCGCCUGCUCACGGGCCCGGUGGUGCGGGGAGAAGGAGCCAGCCGGCGGGGACGGAGGCCCAAGAGCGAGAUGGCCCGGGCGGCGGCGGCGGCGGCGGCGGCGGCGGCGGCGGCGGCGGCCGCGGCGUCCACGUCGGGGAUCAACCCCCUGCUGGUGAACAGCCUGUUCGCCGGCAUGGACCUGACCAGCCUCCAGAACCUGCAGAGCCUGCACUCGCUGCAGCUGGCGGGCCUCAUGGGCUUCCCCCCGGGCCUGGCCUCCGCCGCCUCGGCCGGCGCCGGCGACGCCAAGAGCUCGGCCGCCGCCGCCGUGCUGCCCCUCAUGCUGCCGGGCGUGGCCGGCCUGCCCAACGUGUUCGGCCUGGGCGGGCUGCUCAACAGCCCCCUGCCGGCGGCCGCGGGGAACGCCCCCGGCCCCGGCCCCGGCCCCGGCCCCGGCCCCGGCCCGGCGGGCGAGCCCGAGGACAGCGCCCCCAAGGCGGAGGAGAAGGGCCCCGAGGACGAGGACGAGCGCCAGGACUCGGAGAAGGGCGCCGAGGCGGCCGCGGCGGCCCCCGACCCCGCGGCGGCGGCGGCGGCGGCGAACGGGUCCGUGGGGGCGGCUCCCGCCCCGGCCGGGCUGCCCUCCAACCCCCUGGCCUUCAACCCCUUCCUCCUGUCCACCAUGGCCCCGGGCCUCUUCUACCCGUCCAUGUUCCUACCUCCGGGACUGGGGGGAUUGACGCUGCCCGGCUUCCCCGCGCUGGCCGGACUCCAGAACGCCGUGGGCCCCGCCGGGGAAGAGAAGGCCGCCGCGGACCAGGCCGAGGCGGGCGGCGGCGGCGGCCCCGCCGGGAAGGACGGGGAGGCCCCGGACGGCAGCGACGCCGACGAGAGCCUGGACAAGACGGCCGGCUCCUCCGCCCUGGAGGACGAGCUCGCGCAGGGCGAGGAGCUGGACUCGCUGGACGGCGGCGACGACGCGGAGAACCACGACCCGGACGACUGAGGAGGACAGCCCGCCCGGGCCCGUGACAGUGUUGAAGACUUUUGACAAGUGGUAGUCCUACUGUUUACACUCACAGUUAAUGUUCAUACCUAGUUUUAUAAGCUGUCCUGUAACAUAGUGUAGCAAAAAGAAAAAGGAAGAAGAAGAAAAACGUCCAAGUCAUGUUAUUACAGGUGUGUCAAAAGGUAUCUUGGUCAUUAAGUAUUGUGCAGUGCAUUAUUUAUUAUCCCUAGGAGAGAUGAAAUUUGAGAGGUGAUCAUGUCUUUUUAAGGAACUUACAUAAUGCUCUGCUUUUUUUUUUAAUUUUAUUUUUCUUUUGGUACCAUUGGUAUUAUAAUAAAGAGCAAUUUGUAACCGAGCGGCGGGAAUGGAAGGAAGGGCCGCUCCCAGGAAGUAUGAAGUUAUAUAUUUAAUUUUUUAAUUUUAACUUUUAAUUUUUUUUUUUUUUUUGCUGUGAAGGUCAAGAUGAAUUUUACCAUACAUAUCAUCCUUGCUCAUUUGUUUCCCUUUGUCCACUGUAUGGGGGUUCCCACACUUGCGCAUACACACACAUCCAUACACUCUGACAAUCUCCACGUUAGUGUGAACGUCUCGGUCCGGAGGCGCAGCAAUAAGAAGGCAGCUGUUGAAUGUGAAGGGUCCCUUUGGAAAAUUAACCUACUGGGAGGGUUCUUGCCAGACAGAACUGCAGUUCCAUUGUCUUGUGGUCUUGUAAUGCACUGGUAUAAACAAAAUAAAUAGAAGAAGAAAUAAAGAGAGAGAAGUGAGAAUCAGGUACCUUUUUUAAAUUAAAGGACUUUGUUACUUUAGCCACAAAGCUAAAACAGCAUUACCUCAGCUCUAAACUAGCCUUGAAGUUUACAGACAUGACUUUGUAAAUGUAUUGUUUCUCUUUGUUGUGAUGUCCUUUUAUUUUUUUUCUUUGAAAACUGCUAUCAUGUAAGAUAAAAUGUAAAUUGCUGCCAACUGUAGUAAUGAUGCUUUUAAUAAAAGUGACCCAUGAUAUGCAGA